GACAGCACCACGCCAUACUAGAUACUAGAUCUGCACGCGCUCUGGAUCUGAUCUUCAGCAGAGAGACAAGCGCAGGGCUCGAGUGUCCCAGACUCACCUUGUGUUUGCCAGUGUUUACACUGGAGCUCCGCGAACUGUUGUAGGAGAGAAACCGCGGAAGAGAGAGAGAGAGAGAGAGAGAGAUCAGCCAUGGCAAAUAUCGCUGUGCAGAGGAUCAAGCGAGAGUUCAAAGAAGUGCUGAAAAGCGAAGAGACAAGUAAAAAUCAAAUAAAAGUAGAUCUGGUGGAUGAAAACUUCACAGAGUUAAAGGGAGAAAUAGCAGGACCACCAGACACGCCGUAUGAAGGCGGCAGAUACCAGCUAGAAAUCAAGAUUCCCGAGACGUAUCCUUUUAACCCACCCAAGGUGCGGUUUAUUACUAAGAUCUGGCAUCCCAAUAUAAGUUCAGUUACCGGGGCGAUAUGUUUGGACAUUUUAAAAGACCAGUGGGCCGCUGCUAUGACUCUGCGAACAGUUCUGCUCUCACUACAGGCUCUUUUAGCUGCAGCAGAGCCAGAUGAUCCUCAAGAUGCUGUGGUAGCCAAUCAGUACAAGCAGAAUCCAGAAAUGUUCAAACAAACCGCUCGUCUCUGGUCUCACGUUUACGCUGGUGCACCCGUGUCCAGUCCUGAGUACACGCGCAAAAUAGACAAACUCUGUGCUAUGGGCUUUGACAAAGGUAAUCAGAUGUCGUACAGGUCGCCUGCCACUGUGGCAAAAUUACCAGCCACUUCCCAAAAGCAACAGCAUUUGACUGAUGAAUGCAGUAAUAGUAGCCUUGUCCUCAAAAUCAUGGGACGUGGAGACAGCGACAGAGCUGCUACUAAGCAACUGAUCAUCCAGUUCUCUUUAUCAGGCCAUGCUUUCCUCAAACCCUCCUGCUUCAUGACCCAUCGCUCCCACACAUGCAUCACCCGUCUCGGUUUGUGUUCAUAAUGAAUGUUUGAGGAAGAGGCAGCACUGAAUCAUCUUCUGUCUGUCUUAGCAAAUCUUCACGUCCCCCGUCUUGUCUUUUUUCCCCCAUCAUUUUCACUUACAUUUUUUUUUUUUUGCCUUGCUAGAAUAAUUUUCCCUCUUAAAUUUAGGCUGUCACUUACUUUUUAAAGAAACCCAACAAAGACGACGCCUCUAUCAUUUCAUGCUAAAAAACAAAACAAAACACCUGCGUCUGUGAAACAAUG